ACAAGAAGCAAAAAAAACAAGGAAGUGGACCCAUUGCGAUCUACCGCCGUAAACCAGUUUGUUUAAACGACUCUGUGACAAGAUACGCAGAGUCUUCAGCAAUACUCUGACCUCCUCCCAACUUCGAACCGGACCGCAACGAUGAACAACAAAGGGUCAUAUCCACAGCAGAGUGUGUACCCUCAGCAGAGCAACGCACCCGUUUACCCCUCUGCUAUGCAGAUAUCUCCUCAGGCGCCUCCUUACACGGACACGCCUCCCGCAUACUCUGAGAUCUACCAGCCCAGAUAUGUGCUUCCCCCUCAGGUGACCGGCCAGGUGCCUCAGAUGUCCUCCCCUUAUGUCGGCACUCAGGUCUACAUGCCCAUGCAGCCGCAGAUGCCCGUCGGGGCGAUGGCCCAGAAUGUCCCCUUGGCGUACUAUCCCAUGGGGGCUGUGUACCCCCACGGUUCCACGGUGAUGGUGGAGGGUGGCUUCGACGCGGGCGCUCGCUUUACAGCCGGCAGCAGCGUUUCCAUCCCACCCCCGCCACCCGGGCACCCCCCGAAUGCGGCUCAACUGGCGGCCAUGCAGGGUGCCAAUGUGGUCAUGACGCAGCGCAAGAACAACUUCUUCUUGGGCGGCUCCAGCGGAGGUUACACCAUCUGGUAACGGCAACUGCUCCUUCACGCCUACGCCCAAUCCAGCUCCCACCCCCUCCCCAACAUCACGUACCCCCUCCCCCCUCCUCCUUAGGCUGCUUGGCCACAAUACUGAUAUCACCUAAUGGAAUGUAAUGUUUUUGAGCCCUUGUGAAAGGUACAGUACUCCACUUGUAACCUAGCGAUCAAAUGACGAACGCAAGUAUUUAACGUUGUAGAAUCCAUCCCGUCAUCCUUCAUUGCGUCAAGCUUUGGUUUUAGUUUAGGUCAUUCCAGGUUCACGAGAAUGGUGGCCUGUGCUUUGACACUAGUGGAUCAGUAGGUUAGUGAGGUAGCUAAACUCCAUAUAUUUCGCAAGGGUUAGGCUUUCUACGGUAACUUUUAAAAUCAAUUUAAGAGAUUAAAAUAUGGAAAAGCAUCACCUACCAACCAAUCAAAUCAUUUAAAAAGAGCGUCACAACUCCAACUAGGUUAACGAUUUAAAAAAAUAAAAAUAAAGGUUGGGGGGCUCUGAUAAAGUCUACACUAGAGGCUGACACAGGAGUGGUGGAGUCCCGCACCCACGCACUCCCAGAGGUUGAUUCCCACUCCCUCCCAAUCCCAAGGGAGUGUUUAAAAAAAAAAUAAUAAUAAUCCUGAUCACUCUCAAUCCCGAGUGUAAAAAAAAAAAAAAAUUUUUUAAAAUAAUAAUCAUAAAAAAAAUAUAAUAUCGGUAUAAAAUUUGCAGUACGUGUCUGCCUUAGUCACCGUAGUACACACUGUAAAUUGAAUUACCGAAAUGAUCAAGAAACAAAACAUAAGUUUAGUAACAAAAGCUGUUUUAGUCCCUCAGUUUAGCAAUGUUUAGCUCGAUGCUGAGGGGAAAUGUUCAAAUACUGAUUUGAUUAAAAAUAAAAUAAAAUUAAAUUAAACUGCAUCAUGGUUUCCACUCACGUCAACUCCUGUCAUGGGUUCCAUUCCCGGUGACUUUGUUUUCAUAGUUCCCGCUCCCAAUGACCUUCGCUCCCGCUCCUGCCGAAUGCCGUGAUUAAUGGUGAAAUUCCCUCCCAUACCGCGGGAAUCCCUUUGGACCCGGUGGGAAUCCCGAAAACUGUCAACCUCUAGUCUACACCAGAGGUUCUCAACUGGUCUCCCACAUUGUGCCAUGGUCAUUUUAACAGACGUCAAACCAAAUUAUUGUUCAGAAACAUUUCAGAGCACAUUACAAGGACCUGAAGAGUAAAGUCAAAUUGAUGAUUAACAUUACACCAACUACAUAAGGCCACGAAAUUAGACAUUGCCACAAUGGAACACAAACUGAGGAGGAUCCUGACAACUGCAAGUAUAGAAGUGUAUAAAAUAUUAAAAGUAUACAAAUAUAAUAAAGGCCCACACUUAACUACAUAUCACACACUGAAGGUUAUGUCUCUUCAUAUCCUCAAUGUAAAAAAAGUCCACUUUUGACUCAGUCAUAUUUAUCAGGAGCACAAACCUGAAGGCGCUAAGCCGGUGCGUGUUUCCAGUGCUUGUGCUUCACAAUUAAAAUCCAUAUCGGGUGUGCAUUAAAGCCUUCUUUUAAAUUAUUUUUGACCCACCCAGUUUUGAAUAUCUGGUCUUCAGACCAAAUUAUCACACUUCAGUCAGGAUCUUAAGAAAAGACAGUAGGCAAUAUUUAGAGCCACAUUCAUGUAGUUUAUGAUAGCCGAGCUCCUUAAUGGUGAACGUGAAACGCAAUUACAAAGUUGAACGCAAAAAAAUCCCCACUUGUCUUUUUUUUUUUUUUUUUUUUUUUCCAAAACCUUUUAGUGUAGUUAAAGUAAUAGAUGUCGUAGUUCCAUGUAAAUACCAGUAUGACUAUCACAAGAAAUUCUCAAGAAGAAAAAAAUACUUUGAGCUAGAUUAAACUUGUCUUAUACACAGUGUCGAAAAAAAAAAAUAGCAAGUAGCAUUUAAAGAACUUAAGUAAACAUUCUAGAAUGCACUUGCACCAAAAGUGGUUUACUGUACCUUGUUGGGCAACUUGUAGAUUUAACAUAGUCAAGUGCCAAAGAGCACUGGGGAUCGUCCCCAUUUAAUGAAACAAAACGCGAAAAGGAAAAUGGAAAGAUAUUUAGUUAAUCCAAAUAAUAAAUUGACUUGGACAGGCUGGUUGGUGUAACAUUUGUAGCUUUUUCAUUUUCUUUCUGUUUUCAUGUCGGAUACCCAGAGUUUAUACACUAAAUGUCUGAAAUGUGCAUACGAUUUCUGUUAUUUGAUUUGCUUUUAGUUUACUUGAUGAAAAGCCCCCUUUUGUGCUGGUUUCUAUUUGGCAUGUUUGAAAAAGUUCCUUGGUUUUCUUUAGUGAGGGCUUAUGAAUUGUUUGUUUAAAAAAAACAGUCAGUUGUACCAAAGAAAACAAUAAUAUUUUGCAUUAUCCGCUAAUCAGUCAUGGGAAUCUUCAAACAAAAUUGUGAGUUCUAUCACCUUUAAGUUGCACAUUACUAAUUAAAUAAAUGCACUAUUAAAAAAAAAAACUAUUAACAAAUUCAAGACAAGGGGUUGGUGGUUCUUUUUAUCAUCAUGGUUUUGUGUGAGUGUGUGUGAGUGUUAGGAAAACUGUGAAAUAUUGUGCCAACAGGCUUUACUGCUAUUUGCGUUAGUGAUGGGCUUAUUUAACGACAUCCGAUUAGAAAACAACUACUGGCGUUUGUGUAUGUUUGAUGACUAUUUCGUGUCUAACUUAACGUAAUAAUGUCAAGUUAAUGUAUGAGCUGUGUAAGGGUGCGGGGACAACUCCCUAGACAUACGAGGUUAAAUUAGGGGCAAAUAGUGGGGAAUUUGUCACAAAAUCUCAGAAGUCGGCCAGGAUUGGCCCAGUGGAGGUACGUGACUGGGCUAAGCCAAUCAAAAUGCUGUUUCCAUGUUUGCUAGAAACCCCUUUAACUUGUUCACUCAUUCAUUUCUGGAGGAAACUUGACCACCUCUCCACUCAUCAUUAUCAUGCUAGAUGUUAGGAUGAGUCUAAAAAGAAUAAAGCCCAAGAAUUUCCAUGACAUCCAGGAGUAGAUAAUUGCUGGUGCACUCAUGUUUAUUUGUUAACAGAAUUGAACCAAAAUGCACUUAUAUGAGACUUAAUUUCUAAUUCAGUCUGUAUGCUGUGAGUUGUGCACUUGUCUGAACAGAAAGUUGAUGUUUGGUGUUGUUGUUAACUGGGUGUCCGACAACGGUGUUCAGGUUUUGGCUGCUGUAGCCACAGGGGGGAAAAAAGCUCUCACGGAUACCAGUGUUGAUGACCCAGUUGACGAGGAAACAGAAACCAGCGGUGGCAGGGGUCAUUCAGUCAAAAGGGGGCCUGCAGCUUCCAAAACUUGAACAGACCUGUUUAGCUUUUGUUUUUUUUUCACGUAUGAUGGUGGUGCCAGCAAUAUGAAGUACAUCCUGUACAAGUGCAGCAGUAAUGCAAACCACAACCAGACAGACUUCCUCUCUGUUGAAGGAUCAUGGACAUUCCUGGUUCAGGGAUUCUCUUUCCGACGUUUUGUAAAAAAAAAAAAAAAAAAAAAACCGCAACGCUAAAGCGACGGACUUAUUAUGCACAUGUUCUGUCUUUUGAGAUGACUAAAGGAGACGAGUGUCAAUGACUUAGGUGCACUUAACUUUUUUAUACUAAACUUAAGAUUUAAAAAUGUAAGUUUAGAAUAAAGGUUAUUUUGGACAUUUGAGAAGUUGUUUAAAUUUAUUCACAUGUAAUGUAUUCAAAUGGGGCACACUGCUAAAUAAAGGACAUUGUUUUUUGUAACGUGA